UAAGCGCACUCGCACUUGCCCAAAUGCUUAGACGAUUCUCACGCCUUCAUCUGCGCCGUCGCCGCUCCAACCCUCGUCGCUUCAUGGCUUCUCCCCCUCUCUCCUCCCCAUUCGCCUUCUCCGGCGGAGAUGGAACCGCUGUCCUCGCGCCCCAGCCAGAUCCGCAAGCCGGAACCCCGCAGGGCGAAGACGUGGACCCUGCCCCUCCUGCAGCUGGGGAAGACGCGGAGUUCGGCUUCCAGAGGCCGGAAUUCGGGACGAAUCCGUUGGUCGGGACGGUCCAGCCCUACGAUCGGCACCUGUUCCUCUGCUACAAGUCGCCUGAGGUGUGGCCUCGGAACGUUGAGGGGUCGGACUCCGAUCGCUUGCCGAGGUUACUGGCGGCGGAGAUCAAAGCUUCUAAUUCUUCGAUCGAUAAGAAGACUCGUCUCACCGUUUGUCAAGGAGAGGAUGGCACUGAUUUCUCAAAUGGUGAUGUGCUGAUCUUUCCAGAUAUGAUAAGAUACAGGCAAUUGACACAUUUUGACGUUGAACCUUUUGUUGAUGAAGUGCUUAAGAAAAAUUCUGAGUGGACUCCUAAACCAUCUGAGCCACUUUCAGGUUCAUAUAUCUUUGUAUGUGCUCAUGGAAGUCGAGAUCGCAGGUGCGGUGUUUGUGGUCCUGUUCUAAUUAAACGAUUCCAAGAAGAGAUAUCAUCACGAGGUCUACAAAGUGAAGUAUUUAUUAGCCCUUGCUCUCACGUUGGUGGUCAUAAGUAUGCUGGCAAUGUCAUCAUAUUUAGUCCAACUGUCAGUGAAGCAGUGUCCGGACAUUGGUAUGGAUAUGUGACUCCGGAGGAUGUGCCUACAUUGCUUGAGCAGCACAUUGGAAAAGGCAAAAUUGUAGAGCAUCUUUGGAGGGGACAAAUGGGUUUAUCUGAGGAAGAACAGAAAGCCACGCUGAAUCUUCUUAAGGUCCAGCUCAACGAGGGACUAGAUGAAAACAGAAGGAAAGAGUACACUAAUACCUCUGUUGAUGGUGGCAACAAUGCUGCAACACCUGUUGCCGGCUGCUGUCAAGGGAAUCCAAAUGCUACUUGCUGCCAAGUCAUGCCAACGGAAAAACUCAUAGUGAGCAAAACAGAAAACGAAAGCACUCAAGUGAUAGUGCGGGAGAGUGACAACAAAUUGUGUGAUGCCAGUAACAACCAUGGUCCACGCGCCAGGAAGCUCUACAAGCUGCCUACCUGGUUUGAGAGUUGGGAACGAGAGGAUGCCUAUGCUGCUGCUGCUGUAGUUGCAGCCAUUGCCUCUGUUGCAGUUGCUUAUAGCUACUAUAGGCAACCAAGAUGAGAGGAUCGUUCGUUGAGCCAUCUGUUGGUGGCAUAACUGUGUUUUUGUUGUGUUUUGUUUCGAGGCAGUAGGCUAUGCCUUCGUCAUAGAAAUAGUAUGUAUGUUGGUGUGUGAGUGCUAUAGCAUGUUUGAAGUCGCAUACUCUCAGAUAUUUAGCUUUAGAACACUAUGAAUUCAAAUGCAAUAUGAAUGGUUGGGCUCUGAUGUUAACCUUCCAA